UUUUAUUUUAUGAUAUGUUACCAAUUAAAAUUAUGUGCGUUUCCUAACUAAUAUAUUUUUUAUUACUACAUAAAAUCGCAAUGGUUUGAACAAUUUUCUUAGUAUUUCCUAUUAAUUGUGACAAAUGUUAACUAUUUGAAUUAUUCAAACACGCCAAAAUGAGCAGGUUACUGCAAAGAACCCAGGCAAAUUUUGAAGAUACCGACUAUAAUCAAUACAAUCCCAGAUUCCAGCCAAAUCCACGCUAUUCUUAUGGUUAUUACAGUGAUGAAAACAGGCCACAAUUCUCAGCAGUUAAUGAUCCCAAUUAUAGAAGAAAUCCACAACAAUUUUACCACGAACCACAAUAUUUAGAAACAUUUCAACCGAGAGUAUCAAUGGAUGAAAUAGAAAAUAUACAAAUGGAGAGUCUGGGUGAAACCAGUUCCCAUUUAAAUCCAAUGAAUGAAAUGUACUAUAACCAUCCUUAUUCAAUGCAUAGAAAUGAUAUAAUUUACAGAGAAUCCCAAACAUUGAAAAAGUCAAAUUAUGCUAAAACAGGUGGUAGAUGCAACAAAGCAGACUCUGAACAAGUACAACAAAUUUUUGAGACUAUGAAAAGGGACAAAACCAUUGGGGAGUCUGACAUAAUUGUUAAGAAUACUUUGAGAGAAAUGCCUAAGACAUUGACUUUGAAAAGGAGGGUGAUGCAAAGUUUUAAAGAGGAGUGGCAAGUUGAAGGUGUUAGAGGUAAAAAAAUUGGAUGCUGGAAAAAUUUCAUGUACAAAAUUGGCAUACAAUAUUCCAAGUUCAUCCAAAAUGUAAAAAAUCUCAUCUACCAAGCAGAAUUAUGGUAUGGAUGUCUGAAGGAAAUCGAAGGGCAGUUUGGCUCUGGUGUGGGUUCUUUUUUCCGAUUUUUGCGUUGGAUGUUUUUGUUGGACAUUUUCCAAACCAUACCCAUAAUUUGUUUCCUUGUCAUCCCCCAAAUGGUCUACAAUUCAAGAAUAGACUCUGAAUUUCACAUUCAAGAUUUGUUCACAGGCGAGGGUUACUUGGCGGAAACGUCCCUGUUUUAUAGUUAUUACUCCAAUGGUAAUGUAAAUGUUUCUCGUGCGGAAUACAACAUGCCACAAGCUUAUUUCUUUACGAAUGUAGUCCUCUACGUCUUAACACUAAUAAUACUUUGCGUCAGUGCCGCAACAUCGUACAGAAGCAGCUUCAUAGAAACUGAAGGUGCUGGGGUGAAAUAUACUUUUGCGCAGAAGGUGUUUUGUGGAUGGGACUUCAGCAUAGACAGCGGCCAAUCGGCAGAACUCAAGAAAAAAUCGCUCUAUACGGAACUGAAAGAGUUGUUGGGAUCAGUUGAAGACAAGGAGACGAUCUCUUGCGGCAGUCGUACGAUAAAACUGAUGGUGCAGAUCUUUUCUAAUCUUAUGGUGGCCGGUAUCACCGCUCUAGUCGGAUACGGCAUGUGGGAACUGCUCAAGAACAAAUCUGUGAUCGCCACCGCGGUCACCAUUAAUUUGGUGAUGUUGUUGGCGCCUAUAUUUUUGAAUUUUUUGGCGAAGUAUGAAGAGUACAAACAUCCGAAAACUGGUCUCUAUUUGAAUAUGGCGAGGACGUUUUUGCUUGGAUCUGUUAUAAUAGGAGUUCUUGUGACUUUCUGGCUAAAAGAGGCGGACAAUCAGACUAUUAUCAAAGGUAAUGUGUGGGAAAAUUCACUGGGACAAGAAAUUUAUCGACUUCUUUUGUUUGAUUUUAUUUUUUCCGUUCUCCUUUCGUUUUUGUUCGACAUUAUUCUUUUUACUAUUAGGAGGUCGAAACUUGAGUACGAUAUUUCAAGACAUGUGAUGCACAUAAUCUAUAAUCAAGCGCUGUUUUGGAUGGGUCUGUUUUUCGCUCCGCUUUUGUCUGUAAUGGUUGUGAUUAAACUGUUAUUAACAUGGUACAUUAGACAAAUUACAGUCAUAAAACUAUGCAAACUACCGGAGAAAACUUGGAGGGCCGCUAAAAACACUACAUAUUUUAAAAUGAUGUCGUUUUUGGCCCUACUUUUUAUUUGCUUUUUCCAUGGUUACAUAAUUAUGAAUAUUCCUCCGACAAGGACAGUCGGCCCUUUUCGUGAUUAUAAUUACACGUACGAAAUCGUAACAGUGGGCAUUUUUAAUUUGCAAGAAGAAAGCUUAUUUUGGCAAAUCAUAUUUUUUAUUCUUCGUCCCGCUUGUGUUACUCUGAUUAUGUUGGGACUAUGCACGCUAGUUUACAUGGCGAAAAAGCGGGCGGAAUUCCAUAGGGAUUUGGCGGAACAAUAUAGAAAAAAACUGAAACAUAAUGCUACUGACAGAAAAAUUUUGUUGAUGCAACUAACCAAAGCGGAAACUAGUGGUUCAAGAGGACUUUUUUCACCAAUAAGUAAAGUUUACCAAAAUAGACAAGGCAGUGGGGAUUUUGGAAAUAAUACGUACUUGGAAACUGAACAAUUAGAUGAUUAUCAGAGAAGUUACAACAGUGAAGCAUCCAAUAAACAAAACUUUGUAGAAGAAUACGAAAGUUAUACACAAAAUAAUAAUCAAAGUAAUGAGGAUAUUUUAUCCCGUUAUCAACAGCAUUAUUAGAACAUUUCCAUGAACUGUGAUAAACGAAAAAAUGUUAAAUUAAUAUUUUAAUCUUAUCCAGUUAUAAUUUAGAUUAUAAUAAUUGUUUUGAACUGUUUACAAAUUUAUCUUAAUAUAUAAAUAAAUUUUAA